CAACAUGCUAAAUGUUCAUAAUUCUCCAAAUAUUAGCUUAUCUACCUAGGUAAGCAUGUGAGUGGAACGUGAAGGUAGCCAGCGUCCGCCCGCAGCUUAUUCUUCAACCGGGAAUCUGGAAUAUGAUGUCAGCGGCACAUUGGGAAGCAAUAAUUUCUGCCUUACAAGGCAUAGAGUUAUUUGGCCUAGACCCAAAUGAGGUGCCGAGGAGAAGAUGGGACUAUCGUUUACGGCGAAGCUGACAGUGGCGAGUUUCAAUGCGUGCGGCUGAAGCCGACGUGACCUUGUUCGAGACGCCUAGGUAUACCAAUUGUCUGUAUAAAUGGGCUUCAGCUUUCGUCCCAAUCAUGCAUAUCCGUGGUAUCGUUAUCAUUCUUUUCCGCUAUUCUUCAUUUCACGAUGGAACCCGCCCUUCCCUCUUCGUCGGAAUCGGAAUCGCACCCAAACAGCACCAGACUGUCUAGGGCAGAAGCUAUUCAUAUUUUAACAUCGGAAACUUUCCGUGAAGUCCUGCAGGAGGUACCGGCUGGCAUCGAUCGUUCGAAACGACUCCGCGUCGUUGCUAAGGUGUUAUUCGACGACGCCCAGCGCUCAAAAUCUUUGAGCUCUCUCAAUCAUGCUAUUCAGUACGCCCGAGAAGCGUUAGAGGAACUGCCGCUUGGUCAUGCGGAGAUACCCAGCUUAGCGGAUACGUUUAUCUUCUAUGCGCAGACCAAGGCCAUUUUCUCACCUAGUGUCGAGUCAACAGAAGAGUAUAUUGUUGCUAUACAGGCCGUGAUCGAGGCUACACGAGACAGUGGAGUCCACACUUUAUAUGUACAACGUCUAGGCUGGGCUUACUGGGCGCGAUUUGAGCUUAGCAAAAGCGACGACGACUUGGAAGCCACCAUCACUUACAUCACCACCAAGGUGAAGGUCUUAGAUGAUGUUCUGCCUAACUCGAACUUAGUCCUAGGACUAGCGCUACAUACUCGCUUCACACGCAGCCAGGUGGUCGGCGAUCUCCAUGAAGCAAUCAACUUACUCGAGACUACUCUCAAAGAUCCCACCGCAGCCGGGGAGGGUAGACAUAUUUUCUUAAUGAAUCUCGUACAGUAUUCCGUUGAAGGUAUCAAACAUGGCGAUGCAGCUACUGGUCUCGCUCGGCUUAUCGCCAACGCUAAGCUUGCACUUCCCGAUCUUCCAGAUGGGGCGAAGAAGGUCUAUGUUCAAGAGACAUUGGCCAAAGCAGAGAAUUUGUUGGAGAUGAUGCAGCAGCGGCCAGCAUUGGUUUCCAUAUUCAAAGAAUUGGGAAUAUCGAACCUCGAUGCAGAUACUGCGCCCGCUGUGAUUGGCAAGACGCAUGUUCCUUCUGAGUUGUACGCAGCCUGCCCGGUCGGGAAGGAUCUCAUCCGAACGCUGGAGUUACUUCCCGGAAAAGGUGAUGAUGAAAUCAUUUGUAAUAUAAAGCCAGAGAAGUUAGACGGAAAUGCCCAAUUCGAAGCGCUUUCGUACACCUGGGGAGAUCUAAAUCAAGUGACUGAAAUCACUAUUGGGAGAUCUAAAUGUCAAGUUACAACGAAUCUAUCAAAUGCUCUUCGUCAUUUGCGUUCUCCAGAUAUGCCACGAAUACUCUGGGUCGAUGCCGUCUGUAUCAACCAAAAGGACACCGAUGAGAAAGCCCAGCAAGUAGCAAUGAUGGGUGAUAUUUACCAGGCAGCUUCCCAAGUUUUAGUUUGGAUAGGAGCGCCUCCAGCUGAUAGCGAGGGUGUCCCAAGCGUAGCCAAUGGAUCAUUCGGAGCUCUACUGCAUUCCGAAAAGUUGGAGUGGUACACUGACAAUGACAUUUCCCUGAUGAGACAAUUUUUCACCAACGGGCAUGACUUCUCGGACUGGCCUGUGAUAGGGGCUCUGUCAACGCUGACGCUACUCGCCCGCAGCGCCCAUUUGAAUACGCUACCGUUCUUCCAAGACCCGCGCUACUCGGAUUUCAACAUCGGAAUAUACCCUUCAGACCUGUGGCAGAAGAGCACGAAGGCUUUGGAUGCUCUGCUGAAGAGUCCAUAUUGGAGCCGAGUCUGGGUUUUUCAGGAGAUGGUCCUAGGUCGCCGUGUGCUGAUUCAUUAUGGCAGACAUAUUCUCCCUCUUGAACUUUUCAUUGAUGCGGAGAAGGCUAUGCGCGAGCAUUAUUAUGGCUGUUGUUAUGAGCACUGUGCUGCGCAGUCUAAUAACAAGUGGUCGGCCUUGUACAGCAUUCUGAAGAACUUAGCUACAAUCCGCAGCAUUGGCAAGAUGAAGUCCUCUCGUGCGAUGGGCAAUGAACUGUCGUUGUUCGAUACUAUGCUAGGAGGCGUUGAUUUUAGAAAGGCGACAGAUCCGAGAGAUCAAGUGUACGGGCUUCUAGGUCUCGUCAGUGGACACACAGAAGACACCUUACUUCGACCAGACUAUUCUCUCCCAGUACCCAAUGUCUAUUCCCGUGCAACGUGCAAAAUAAUGCAAAACGACAGGAGUUUGCGUCUUCUUUCAUAUGCAGAUAGGCAGAAUUCUGUCGAUGAUCUGCCAUCUUGGUGCCACGACUUCAACGGAAGCUCUCCGUUCAAUCCCAACCCUUAUUUCUGGGAUCUUUUCAGUGCAUACAGCGGCGAAAGGCUCAGCGUCGAGCUUCACCAGGAUGCUCAACUGCGUGUCAUUGGGUAUCACCUCGACGUCAUAGCAGACAGCACAGAAGCUCGAACCCCUGAGAGUAUAUCCAUCACGUCUUUACUGCGGUGGAUAGAUGGCGGCCUAAAGCUUACAUUGGAGAAAUGUGCAACGGAUGAAGAAGAAGCAUAUCUUCAUAAGCAAGACAUCCAUGUUAACGAAGCCUUUGGUAGAACACUCAUUGGAGACACAAUUACAUGCAGUGACGGCUCAACUCGCCGCGCUGUUUUCGAAGAUAUUACAAACCUUUUCACAUGGAUUGAAUGGGCCCGCCGUGAUAUUCCUUCAGGAACAAGAGACUGGGCUGCUCGUGAAUGCCCACUCGUGUUUCAGGAGAUUAGUAAAAGCUUUCUUGACCGGACGCAAUCGCGGAAGUUGUUCACCACGAAGGAAGGAAGAAUGGGCACGGGGGUUGCGACUGUGUUUGGGCAGGAGAAAGAGGUCUCAGUUGGAGACCAUGUGUUUCUGCUACAAGGCUCCAACGUCCCUGUCAUCCUUCGAUCGCUUACGCCGGAAUCUGGAGCUGUCACCGGUCAUGACUCAGGUGCUGCAGCAACGGCCUCGGUCGAGCCACUCUAUGCCUUCGUCGGGACUGCUUACGUCCAUGGUGUUAUGGAUGGUGAAGCCUGUCCACCAGAUGACUCGUUUCGCGGAGUUCUUCUCAGCCACUACCCGAAGCCGCCUCCAGCUAAGAACGAAUUGAUGAGAGACGCACUCCGGAUGUCCCUCCUGCUUGGUCAUGGAUCCGCGGACUCGAGUUUAGGGCAAACAGCAUAUGCACCAAGCUUACAAGAAAACCAAAACCAAGACCAAAUUCACGAGACAUGCGGCAAGACCGUCGCCAUCAAUGCAGAAGCUCUAGUUUUCCCAGACGGCCGACAGUGGGACGAGUCAUUUAAGCGCAUUCCCGCUCAUAGAGUGCUUCUCAGCACCUUGUUUCAAAACACGCCCACGACAGAGGAAGGAUGGCAACAGCUUGAGAAUGAAAUGGCCACGAAGAUGAAAGAGAAGCAAGAGGGAAAAGAAGGGGCCGAAGAAACCCAGGAUGAUUCAGCGCCUGUUGAAGCAGAUGAUAAACAGCCAACCUAGGCAAUUCGGCACGUGCUCGCUGUAGGCGGAAGAGGACGGCCGCCUCCACAUCUGACCCUAGCUGUCCGGCGCACGUCCUAAAGUCACCGGUCUCGAGGUACUUAUCUUCUCGAAGAUCACGUUGCUCAAUAUUUGUAUGUAAAACGAUUGUCUAGUGAGGGGAGUUUGAGUUCUUGAGUAAGCAGCUUUCGAUGGGGAUAUCAUCGCCCACGGGGGAAAUGACAACCAUUUGCCUCACACAGCUCAACGGCCAAGGAGCGGAUAUGAAGAUGUCGAUCGCGAUGAUCCCUUGCUCUGCCCUUGACUAUGCACUCAGCUAAGCCUCGCGAUCUGAUCAGGCCGCACGCAGUGAUAGAAUAGUUGGAAAGUUGGCCUAGGCUCGCUAGGACAGAUAGGGACAAAAACCCCGGAUCGUACCCUUGGAGCUGAGGUUGAGUUAUCAGAGCUAUCACGAAAGCAGAUAAGAGACGUGUAGCUGCGACCCGGACAUCUGGGUCCGCGCAGGUACUCUAGGGCCUAGGAAUCCACUAUAACCCCCUACCUAGUAGCCUCUGUUAGUUAUCUGUAGCAGUGCUGCAGGGUCCUACCAGCUGGCCAGGCGAGCGAACAGCAGCGUACCAGAGG